AUGGGCUUACUCUGUAGUAGACACAAUCAUUACAAUCAAGCUGAUACUGAAGAAAAUGCUCAGACUGAAGAAAUAGAAAGGCGGAUUGAGCGAGAAACAAAGGCUGAGAACCAUAUUCAGAAACUUCUAUUGCUUGGUGCUGGAGAGUCGGGGAAGUCGACGAUUUUUAAGCAGAUAAAAUUAUUGUUUCAAACUGGAUUUGACGAGGCAGAGUUAAAGAGCUACAUCUCAGUCAUUCAUGCCAAUGUGUAUCAGACAAUAAAAAUAUUGUAUGAUGGGUCAAAGGAAUUUGCUCAAAAUGAAACUGAUUCCUUGAAGUAUGUUGUAUCUAUUGAAAAUGAGGGGAUUGGAGAGAAACUAUCUGAAAUUGGAGGUAGGUUGGAUUAUCCAUGCCUGACAAAAGAGCUUGCACAGGAGAUGGAAGCUCUUUGGAAAGAUGCUGCCAUUCAGGAAACCUACUCUCGUGGUAAUGAACUCCAAGUUCCAGACUGUGCACAUUAUUUCAUGGAAAAUUUGCGAAGAUUGUCUGAUGUAAACUACGUUCCAACAAAGGAUGAUGUUCUCAAUGCCAGAGUUCGUACAACUGGUGUUGUAGAAAUCCAGUUCAGCCCAGUUGGAGAGAACAAAAAAAGCGGUGAGGUGUAUCGACUCUUUGAUGUUGGAGGUCAGAGAAACGAGAGAAGGAAGUGGAUACAUCUGUUUGAAGGGGUCACAGCUGUGAUUUUUUGUGCUUCUAUUAGUGAGUAUGAUCAAACACUCUUUGAGGAUGAAAGCAAGAACCGGAUGAUGGAAACCAAGGAACUCUUUGAUUGGGUCCUUAAGCAACCAUGUUUUGAGAAAACAUCCUUCAUGCUGUUCCUAAACAAAUUCGAUAUAUUUGAGAAGAAGGUUUUAAAAGUGCCGCUGAAUGUAUGCGAGUGGUUCAAAGAUUACCAGCCAGUUUCGACAGGGAAAGAAGAGAUAGAGCAUGCAUAUGAAUUUGUGAAGAAGAAAUUUGAGGAGUUGUAUUUCCAGAGUACUGCCCCUGAUCGUGUGGACCGGGUUUUUAAGAUCUACAGAACCAAUGCCCUUGAUCAGAAGCUUGUGAAGAAGACGUUCAAACUGGUGGACGAGACUUUGAGAAGGAGAAACCUCUUUGAAGCUGGUUUAUUAUGAUCGUGGACAUACUUGUUGAAAAAAGGAUUGUCAAUAUUUGAAGAGCUAUAUUGGAUUUUCGCCAAUGAGGUGAGAAGAACACUGCAUCAGUUGACUACUAGCAUAUAUCAUAUUUUACAGGCUUAAAGUUUUGGAGUCCCAUUGGUUCUAGCCCUCCAUUAAAAGGAACUUCAUUUUUUUUUUACCCUUGAUUUUGUCCUUGGAUGGUGAGUAUAGGCUGCUGGAAGCCUUCCAAAAAUCAGUUGUAUUGUCUGUUUGUGGCCUUUGGAAAUUUAACCAGGGAUGGGAUGGAACACACAUUAUGGCUUAUAUAUUCUUUUCUUUUUUCUUUUUCA